CUCUGUAAGGCCUGAAACUGGACUAGGAAGUACAGUACUAUGGGACGUGGCUACGGAUCUUGACCCAAAAUGGCCGCUGUGUGUUUUAAUCCUUGCAGUCGCCUCAAAGGAAACAACUCAUCGAUGGGCCUCUGUAUCACUGACAGAACACAAUAAGGAUCAGCCUCAUCACACUAAGGAUCAGCCUCAUCACACUAAGGAUCAGCCUCAUCACACUAAGGAUCAGCCUCAUCACACUAAGGAUCAGCCUCAUCACACUAAGGAUCAGCCUCAUCACACUAAGGAUUGAUUCUCUCAAGGUUAUCCUCCUUAGUAGGAAUACAGAUGUUUCUUCUCCAUUAUCUGCAGCUCAGACUUGGAAUUAAAUGGUCUCCCAUACUUCAGUGAUUUCAAUAUCAGAUCUUUAUCACAGUCUAAAGGAUAUUGUGUCACCUUCCUGACUAGAGCAGGACAUUGAAUGGCCUAUAUUCGUCAUUGAACUGAAAACACCUCUGAUGCUAUUCCGAAUCUAAAGGAUUUCUCCCUCUAACCUCUAACCUCAACUGGCAUACCCCUAUAGGUCUACAUAGUGUUUUUCUACAAUGAAUCCCUUGAGUCUCCCUCAGUGUGUUCUUCUGCUUCUCAGUAAUCUACUGGGCCUGUGUCAGGGCCUGGAGUUCAGGGGUUCUGAGGGCCAGUGGGCACGGUACCGCCGCUGGGAUGCCAGUACCAGAAGUGACCUCACCUUCCAGUUCCAAACAGACACGUCCGACGCCCUGAUCCUCUACUUCGACGACGGCGGCUACUGUGACUUCCUGCUUCUCACCGUAACGGAAGGGAAGCUACAGCUUCGCUUCAGCAUUGAUUGCGCUGAGACCACAGUCACCGCUGACAAAUCGGUCAACGACAGCUGCUGGCACUUUGCGAUGGUCAGCCGACACAACCUCAGAACGGUCUUGGCCCUGGACGGGCAGACCAAGGCGGAGGAUGUUCGACCAGAGCGCCAGUUCAUGAUUGUCGUCAGUGACCUGUUCCUCGGGGGCAUACCCGGAGACAUCAGGACCUCGGUCAUCACCCUGCCAACGGUUAGAGAGCUGCCUCCGUUCAAAGGAGUUAUCAAAGAUCUGAAUUACGGGAACAAGGUUCCCAAGCUGAUCAACAGUCAGAAGGUACGUCUGGAGGAGAUGGGUCUCUGUACAGGGAACCCGUGUGAGAACGGAGGCUCCUGCUCCGUGGCUGAUGGAGAACCCUACUGCGACUGCUCCAAAACGGGAUACACAGGAAGGACCUGCAGCCAAGCCGUUCAGAGGAAACCAGGCUUCUCACAUCUGAAGGCAUCUGAGUCAGUGUGUUCUGCUGUCAUCAUAUUACUGCAGGGGGAGGAUGAGUCUGGAGGAUGGGGCUGA